UGGCUCGACACUAGCACCCCAAAUCGCCUUAUGGUUAAGACUUCAACGGGUUCUGUGUCUGUGGGAAUUCGUUUCGUCAAUAGCACUAAGAGAUAAGGAACGAGGACCUGAACGGAUUUCUCAGCGUGAAUAUUUUGUGACGUUUGACGAUAACAGGCUUUCCUAGUAUCAACCUAAAGAUAUACUUCAUACCCCCGGUCCUGUGAUACAGCUGUUGUUGCCGUCCUGUGACGGAUUUAUCCUCUCAGCUGUUGUGUGUAAGGAGGAGAGGAAGCAAAGAUGCCGAAACCGAUCAAUGUCCGUGUGACCACCAUGGAUGCAGAGCUGGAGUUUGCCAUCCAACCUAAUACCACAGGAAAACAGCUCUUUGACCAGGUGGUGAAGACAGUGGGACUGCGGGAGGUCUGGUUCUUUGGACUACAGUAUGUGGACAGUAAAGGCUACAGCACUUGGCUCAAACUCAAUAAGAAGGUGACCCAGCAGGAUGUGAAGAAAGAGAACCCCCUGCAGUUUAAGUUCAGAGCCAAGUUCUUCCCUGAGGAUGUCUCCGAGGAACUAAUCCAGGAGAUAACUCAGAGACUCUUCUUCCUGCAGGUGAAAGAGGCCAUCCUGAACGAUGAGAACUACUGUCCCCCAGAGACUGCUGUGCUUCUGGCGUCAUACUCUGUCCAGGCCAAGUAUGGAGACUACAACAAAGAUGUCCACAAGCCUGGGUAUCUUACCCAUGACAGACUGCUGCCUCAGAGAGUCCUGGAGCAGCACAAGCUGACCAAGGAGCAGUGGGAGGACAGGAUACAGACUUGGCACGAAGAACACCGAGGAAUGCUCAGAGAGGACUCUAUGAUGGAAUAUCUUAAAAUCGCCCAGGACUUGGAGAUGUACGGAGUCAACUACUUUGAAAUCAAAAACAAGAAGGGCACACAGCUGUGGCUGGGGGUGGAUGCCCUUGGCCUCAACAUCUACGAACACGAAGACAAGUUAACCCCAAAGAUUGGCUUCCCCUGGAGUGAGAUUCGAAACAUCUCUUUCAAUGACAAGAAGUUUGUCAUCAAACCUAUCGACAAGAAAGCACCUGACUUUGUGUUUUAUGCCCCACGGCUGCGCAUCAACAAGCGUAUCCUGGCAUUGUGUAUGGGUAACCACGAGUUGUACAUGAGGAGGAGAAAGCCCGACACCAUCGAGGUGCAGCAGAUGAAGGCUCAGGCCCGCGAGGAGAAGCACCACAAACAGAUGGAGAGGGCUCAGCUGGAGAACGAGAAGAAGAAGCGCGAGUAUGCAGAGAAAGAGAAGGAGAGGAUAGAACGGGAGAAAGACGAGCUCAUGCAGAGGCUGAGACAGAUUGAAGAUCAGACAAUGAGAGCUCAGAAAGUACUUGAACAGCAGAGGGGGGCGGGGGGGGGGGGGGGGGGGGGGGAGAGAGAAAGCGAGGAGGAGGCCGAGAGGCUGGAGAGAGAGAGGCAAAUGGCUGAGGAGGCCAAGGCAGAACUGGCCAAACAGGCCGCAGACCAGCAGAAGACCCAGGAACAACUGGCUGCUGAACUGGCUGAAUUUACAGCCAAGAUCGCUCUCCUGGAAGAAGCCAAGAGGAAGAAAGAUGAUGAGGCCACAGAAUGGCAGCACAAGGCUCUGUCAGCCCAGGAUGACCUCGAGAAGACCAAGGAGGAGCUGAAGUCGGCAAUGACUGUGGUGCCAGCGCCUCUGAGUGGCCAUGCUGAGAGUGAGCAUGACGAGCAGGAUGAAAACCACGCGGAAGCCAGCGCCGAGCUCUCCAAUGAAGGCGUCAGCCAGUUAGACCUCCGCAGUGAAGAGGCGCGCGUCACCGAAGCCCAGAAGAACGAGCGGGUCAAGAAACAGCUGCAGACAUUAAGCUCAGAGUUGGCCGAUGCCAGAGAUGAAACCAAGAAGACCCAGAACGACGUGCUACACGCGGAGAACGUGAAAGCAGGCCGAGACAAAUACAAAACGCUGCGCCAGAUUCGACAGGGCAACACAAAGCAGCGCAUCGAUGAGUUUGAGUCCAUGUGAGAACAGCACCGCCACUCUUUCCCUGAGGGUGUACCUGCUCCUGAACUUUCCCCUCAGCGGCUGCUCAUUAUCGUGGACAACCGAUGCUGCCAUCCUCGUAGUCCCUCCAUGUCCCCCUCUACACCCCCAGGCAAUCUUGAGAAAUCAUCUUGUCAAACUUUGCCAAAGUCCUGCCCCACAUCUCCUCUCUGAAAGUUGGAUAUCUCCCCAAUAUGGAGCUGCCUACACGCCACUCUGAACAAGCAAAUAUCAUCGUACUGCAGAGAUCAUCUGUAACCCUUAAACACAGGGGAAAAGAGAAACUGUUAAAACCAAAAUGGAAGCUGUUGGAUUUAUUAUUUUUUUUUCUUUCUCGAGCAAACAUGGCCAUAUAAAGCUUUUUUUGGACUUGUAUGCAAUAGUUGAGUAUGAUCCCAUGUCUUCAGUUAAAGAUGACCUGUCCUCUCCUUGUUUUUAAGUUGAUUCCCUCUAACCCUAACCUGCUUUAGUUUGACUCCUUUUAUUGAUGAUGCCCUUCUUUUUAGUUGUCUGAACACAUUUGGCUGCAGGCUAUGCAUAAAGACUGGAGUUUGGAGAUAAUAAUUUUAACUCGACGUCCAAGCGCUUGCUUAUGUUGCAUCAUGUCAAAAGCUAUCACAACUUAUGCUAAUACUCUUAGCAUCUGAUUCAUUAGAGAGCUGAGGUCAUUUCACUCUAUUCAGUCAAUUUAAACUGUUAUUUGAAUGUUGCAUUAAUAGGUUUAUAUAAAAAAAAAGCACAGCAGUAUUUUAAUAAUUUAAUUCCAAGCUCAAUAUCAAGAAUAGCGUUAAAUGAAUUGACCCUCGUAGGGAAAAGAGACACCCAACUUGUCACAUGGCAGGUUUUGAUGAACGAAUGUAGCAAAGGUAACAAAGGGAAAGUGUUUUUUUUUUUUUUUCUCCUCAUGCAGAGGUGAUAGGAUAGCAUGCAAUGAGCUUGUGCCACUGAGCUAUCACCCACGAGCUUAAAAGUGUUAAAAGAUAAGCUAAUUGGUGUGUGUGUGUGUGUGUGUGUGUGUGUGUGUGUGUGUGUGUGUGUGUGUGUGUGUGUGUGUGUGUGUGUGUGUGUGUGUGUGUGUGUGUGUGUGUGUGUGUGUGUGUGUGUGUGUGUGUGUGUGUGUGUGUGUGUGUGUGUGUGUGUGUGUGUGUGUGUGUGUUUCUAGUUGCAUCCCAGUGUUUCAUUCCCAGUCACCAUAGAUGGUUUUCUCUGCCUACCAGCUCACAAAGGAAGCCAGGGUAUUAAAUGGACAGACCGAGGAACAGAGAGAGGAGUACUAUGUCCAAGCUGUUUGUCGGUCUGUCCAACCUUGUGUGUGUGCGUGAGAGAGAGAGAAAGUGUGUGCAGGUGUAGAAGCUGAGACUUGGCACCUCUCUGGCUGGGGAGCUUAUGAAAACAUCAGUCCUCGACCCAGGACAAAUCUCUACCUCAGUAAUGUUAGCAGUGGUGACUGACAGUCAAACACUCAGGAUGCGGCCCCUCCUCCCUCCCAAUAAGGUCAUGAUUUUACUUGGUUGCCGUUACAUCCUUGUGUGGUGCUCCAGGGCAGGCUACAUUUUGUACGUUGGGUUAAGGAUUUCAAGAGAACAGUAAGGGUCUGUGUAAAACCUACCCCCUCAUUGAGAUCUGGGUUGAGCUAGUUUUACACAACGGUCUCUCCUUGGUCCUGGCCUUGCUCAGAUGUUUUGGUUCAUUGUCAUUUUGUCCGGGGGGGAAAAACAAAAUUGCAAACAAUGAGGAAGGGGAAAUAAAUAAUGUUGCAAAUAUCAGAAUUAAGAUGUACUUUAGUAUAAAGCUAAUUUUCAGAAUAAAUAAAGUAAUUUUGUCAUUGCCUGACAGGGUCCUGUGACUCAUUUGGUUCUAAGUUGUUGGUGGUGACAGACUGGGUCUACAGAGCUGCCGGGACUCAAGAUCUUGUUUUAAAAGAAGGCUCUCCUGUAUAAUAUUUAAUUCCCUUUAGUGUCUGCGCAGAACUUUCUCCUUGGUUUCAAUUUCACUUCAAGGAGACAGUUUGCAGACCUGCAAUGGAUCAUGGGACUGAGAGACUUGUGAAUACGUAAAGAGAUGUUAUUAGUAGUUCUUCAUGUGAAGGGACCUUGCUAUUGAAAAUUGUGCAUGUCUCUUCAAUCAAAUGGAGAGUAGGCCAAUUUCUUCCCCUAAAAAUUCCCAUCUGACAUUGUUUUUGCUCAAACUAACUCCAUCUUUUGUGGGGUGGAAAAUGUUCCAAGGUGCAUUUUUGACAUAAGUGAACAUAAAGUUUUGCUUUUUUUUUUUUUUUUAUAUAAUUAACUAUGAUGAGAAAUGUUUAUGGUAUUAUUUGUUACGCUAUACUGACAGCUGGUGUAGAUUAUUGUUUUAAUAGUCAAGAGUUUUAAAGUUAAAGAUCUUGUAAGCAACAAGACACUGAAUCCUGCCUUUUGUGUUUAACUUCAGUGUCCAUUGUUAGUGUAUUGUUUGCCAUAACAGGUGAAAAAAAUGACCCUGUGCUUCCAGCUCAUAUUUUUGUAUUGUGUUCAAAGACCCUAAACCGGCAGCACGCAUCGCUAUACUGACCGGCUUCAUUGGAGGGGAAAACUAUUGUUGACACAUCCACACCCUCAACCCCCCACGUUCAAGCUGUGAGGCUUCAGUUAGUUUAUUUUCACAGCAGAAUGUCAUUGGCCUGCCUGUCCCCUCCAAUGAAGCCAGUGUCUGUGGUGAUGCCUGCUCUGGCACCAGCUGUCACAUUUUGCCGUUUGUUUUUUUCCUUAUGUUCAUGUAUUCUUUAAGAUGGAAGGCACAGAUGGAUUGCAAUUAAUUUCAUGGUUCACAAAUAAAAGUUUUAAAUUUUG